CCCUCAGCGCAGCCCAGCUCGGCGGCGCCGGCCGCUCCCGCUCCCCCGGCCCGGGCUCUUUGUCGGCGCGUGCCGGCGGGGUCGGCAGCGCCAUGUCCUCCCCCAAGAAUGGCUUCUACCGGCAGGAGAUCACCAAGACUCUCUGGGAAGUGCGGGACCGCUACCGGGACUUGCAGCCGGUGGGGUCCGGCGCCUACGGAGCCGUGUGCUCAGCCGUCGAUGGAAGAAGUGGUACCAAAGUGGCCAUUAAGAAAUUGUACCGCCCGUUUCAGUCUGAACUCUUUGCCAAAAGAGCUUACCGAGAGCUGCGUCUCCUGAAACACAUGAAGCAUGAAAACGUCAUUGGAAUUUUGGAUGUGUUCACACCAGAUAUAACACUGGAGAAGUUUAAUGACUUCUACCUCGUCAUGCCAUUUAUGGGAACAGACUUGAGUAAGAUAAUGAAGCAUGAGAAAUUAACUGAAGAUCGAAUCCAGUUCCUGGUAUAUCAGAUGUUGAAAGGCUUAAAGUAUAUUCAUUCAUCAGGCAUAAUUCACAGGGAUCUGAAGCCUGGAAACUUGGCAGUAAAUGAAGACUGUGAAUUGAAGAUCCUGGAUUUUGGAUUGGCAAGGCAUACAGACAGUGAGAUGACUGGCUAUGUGGUUACAAGGUGGUACAGAGCCCCAGAGGUCAUUCUUAACUGGAUGCAUUAUACUCAGACAGUUGACAUCUGGUCUGUGGGCUGUAUAAUGGCUGAGAUGAUAACAGGGAGACCUCUGUUCAAGGGAAAUGAUCAUCUGGACCAACUCACAGAAAUAAUGAAAAUAACAGGUACACCAACUCAAGAUUUUGUUCAAAAAUUGCACAGUCAAGAUGCAAAAAAUUACAUCAAAAGCCUUCCAAAAGUCCAGAAGAAAGAUUUUGCAUCCAUCUUGAAGUAUGCAAAUCCUUUGGCUGUAAACCUUUUGGAGAAGAUGCUGGUGCUGGAUGCAGAGAAGCGAGUCACGGCAGCUGAGGCUUUGGUGCAUCCUUACUUUGAACCAAUUCACGAUCCUGAGGAAGAAAUUGAAGCUGAGAAAUAUGACGACACAUUUGAUAACAUGGAUCUUCCACUAGAUGAGUGGAAGCGCAUUACAUAUAAAGAGAUACUGAACUUCAAGCCACCACAGUCAUUGGACUCAAAGGAGACAGCAGUAUAAUGGCUCAGUAUUUUCAGAACUCUGAGGAAGGCAGAGAAGUUGUAAAUGUUUGUGACAUUUCAGGUGUAUAAAACUUCUUAUAAAUAAGCUCUCUGUAAUCUGUUUCAUCUGCACUGUAACAGUGUCCUUUACUCUGCAUGUGGAAGUUGGUGCCUUUGGGCGUAGCAUUUCAAAAAUAUCCAGAAACUUAUUUCUGCCUACAAACUUCUUCCUUCUGCACAAAAGGACUCAGACUGCAGUAACCUGGUGCCAUCCUCAAAAGAGCAGGAUUAAUUCUUCAACUCAGAGAUCUGAAGAGUACAAGUUACCACCCCAGGCAAGCUGAGAACACAGUAUGUCAGAUGUGUUGUGACUGCUUUCCAAGGCCACUUAACCGUCCUGAAUGCAAGAAGUAUUCAUGUGACUUCCUCUGGAAUAUUUCACAGUGCUGAAAUGCCUGGGAAGGCUAAUCAUCUCCUGUUACCUCAGGGACUGCAGUGGGUAGCAGAGUGAUUGAGUGCCUGCAUCCCCCGUCCAGUGUGAGUGGAAGAGAACCUCAGAAGUGUUGAUGUCCUAGAUUUUUUUCAAUGUAACCAGCAUAGCAGGACAAGAUUUCAUAAACUUGCUAGGUGAACAGUCACUGGCUAUAUAAUCACUGUAUAAUAUUUUUCCCUAAAUACAGUGCAUUUUCUUUGUAUAGUACACUAGGGAUCAAUGAUUUGCGGGGAGAAAUUCUUCAGAUUUUCUAAAAUUUUGUAAGCUUUCCAACAUCUUGGUAUUGAAAUUAUCUCAGACAAUCAGCAGUGCUGAUUUUAAAAAUAAAGUUGCAUGUGGGUCACUUUAUAGGAAAUUAAAUGAGGACCAAAAUUAUAGACUUCCUCUUCAUUAGAAAUACCUGCAGCAAGCUGUUUUUUUCACAGAGUACAAAGCUGUUACCAGGUGAAGAAUAAUAAUUAUUCCCUUUUUUUACCCAUUUGAACUCUUCUUACUUGGAAAAACAUUCAGACCUUUUGUGGAGAGGUACCUUAGCAGAAGGAGUCAGCUUCCUGAUGGGAUAGAUAAUUUAGAUGAUUCCUGAGUUCCUCUUACUGUCCUGUCACUGUAUUUUCCUAGGUGCUUUGUUUGUAAGGGUCUCUGAGAGGUGGGGAAAAGUUAUUCUGUUUCUUUCAAUGAAUGUUUGAAUUAAACACCUGUAAAUAUUAGCAUUUGUUUAAAAAUUGUUUGUGAGGAGAGUUGAUUAGCUGAGGUGGACACCUAGAGAGACUAAAUAGUAACAGAAACCUUAAAUUCAUGUAUUUGACAAGUCAUUAAAAAUGACAUUUUCAGGAAUUAAUGAUAAAAAAAACAGAGAAUGUAUAUUGAAUCAAAAUAUUUUUCCAAACUGCAGGUUUCUCACAGAGUCGUACCCCAUUUUGCACUAUGAAAUUUCUGCUUCGUCUACACUUCUGUGUUAAAUAGAAACUUUUCUCUUUUAGAGAAUAGAUGUUGUCUCUUAGGAUCAUGUUCUUUGGUCUUCUUAAAAGUUGUGGGGGAAAAGUGCCUCUUGGAAUUAAUGGUGUUGAUAGACUGAGUCAAUGGGAAAUGAAAAAUGUCAAACACUUGAAAAUGCUGCCUCUAUAUUUUAAAUGGAUUUGAAAAUCUGGAAUUUCAGUAAAUGCCUAAAGUCUGGAGAUAAUGCAGAUGGCUCAAAAGUUAGUCAGACUAGGAGGGAGCAUUUUUUUAAUUGAAAAACUGCUUUGCAUUUUCUUCCUUCCUUCCUUGAAGGCUAACACUUCAAUGGGCAUUUCCACAAGGUCAAGCCCUAAAAUCUUCCACUGACUGAGGUGAACUUCUCCCUCUCUUAAUUUUAACUUAGCAUUGGAGAAGCAGCCAGCACAUAUGAGAAAGCCAUAAAAAGAUAGUGUUAGCUUUUCUUGGUAGUGGAGAAAUACAGAACUCUUAACUGAAUGAAGACCUUGAUGCAUAUGUCAGCAGAAGCAGAAGUACUGCUGUGCCGUCAGCAAAUGGCAAAGCCAACAUCAAGCUGGUCAAGAAGCUUCUGUGAAGAGAUUGAAUUCUGCAGAAAUGGCUCCAAGUGGCAGUAGAGAUCAUUAAAAGAACUGUGAGGUGAAAGCAGAAAUACUUUGCAGUGGAAGCAGCUGCUACUCUAAAGGAGAGACAACAGUUCCUACGUUUUUAUUUGCUAUUCCUACUGGUGCUAAGCAACUCAGGUAUAAGAACCCAAUUUCUGUUUGCCUUAAAAGAGAAAUGUAAAUACAUUCUGCAUGUUCAUGAAAUGUGAUGUGACAAAUAAAGAUUGUGAGUUUGUUUUUUACACAAUAA